AGCUGGCCUAGGGGUACCGUAGUAGUAGAUAACACCUUAGCUUUUAGGUCGAUCUUAUUCGAGGAGUAUGGGACCAACCUACGCACAUGGCCAUCACUCCAGAGGGGUAUCUACGCUCCGGGGCUUAGGCAGUAUGUAGAAGAGUCUAGCCCUGAGUCAGAACCGGACCUAGAACCUGCGCCAGUUCGUGAAAUAAUCGUCUUAGGUUCUUCCAGCUCGGGGGGUAGGGCUCCCUCAGUAUUCAUAUGCUUUUUUAGCUUUAACCUUUUGUCUUUAUCUUUGUAUGAUUGCUAACUUGUAAUAACCAUGUAUUAUUUUAUUAUUAUUAUUUAUUUAUUUUUUUUACAGAAGAGAUGUCUCAGCCCGAGGACAGCUUGCGGGGCAUAGUCUUCGGGGGGAACCCCCCAGCCGGGCCAAGAACGAAAAGGCUCCGAGGUUACAAGAGCUCUGCCGGGGUCUCCACUAAAUCUCCUGCAAAGGAGAAGGAGAAAGCCCCGCCAGCCCAGAACGCGGGAGCGAUUCUUCUUGCUGUCGGAGCAGGCCAAAUGCCUCCACCACCUCAGCGAACUCCAACCGUCACCCAGGACGCAGGGAUGGAGCUCGGGACUCCGCCCGUGGUGGCCUCCGAUGUACGCAUCCCGGUCAAUCCCUAGGACCUGGAGAAGAUCCCGGAGGUCUUUCGGGGAACGGUGUAUGAAUCGGCGAGCUACGCCAUUAACCAUAUCUACAAGUUCACCGAGAAGGAACUCCGGACUAUUGAGACGAUGAGCCCGGUUGACGUCAUGGACUCUUCCAUGAGCAUGACCCUAACGGGUGUCGUUGCCCUUCACCGAAGCAUCAUCAGGGCCAGGACUCAGCUCGGUGACAUGAGGAUCGAGCACCAGGCCACCCUUCAGGAAGUUAAGGCGGCCAAGGACGCCCUGGCGACCUCGAAGGGCGAGUUGGAGAGGGCCCAAGUUGACCUGGAGAAGACCCGUUCGAAGGUCCAUGAGCUCGAGACAUCCCUUGCCACCUCGCAGGAGGACCUUGAGGCAGCGAGGACAGAAGUCCAGGCCGCCCUGGAGGAAGAGAAGACCAUCUCGGAGCAGUCCAUGCAGGAUCUGUUCUACCACUGUUGGCUCCAUAAUCCGGAGGCUGACUUCUCUUUCAUGCCAUCGAAUUUCUGGGCGCGCUUGUUGGUGAAGUUCCAAGCUCGCCUCGACAAAGAGGCGCCACCUUCGGAGACUGGGGAAGCCUCUGGUGUGGCGGAGCAAGAUGAAACGGCGACCUCCAAAGGGCCGACUGACGGAGCUUAGGGCGCUCUUCUCUUUUUCUCUUUAUAUAUUUUGAAGUAUUUUUUUGUAACUUUUGCAUGAGGUGUCUUUAC